UGACCAUGCGUCAGUUUGACCACCCCCACAUAGUGAAGCUGAUUGGAGUGAUCACAGAAAACCCAGUGUGGAUCAUCAUGGAGCUGUGUACACUGGGAGAGCUACGCUCCUURCUGCAAGUGAGAAAAUACAACCUCGACUUGGCAUCACUGAUUCUCUACGCUUUCCAGCUAAGCACAGCACUCGCCUACCUGGAGAGCAAGCGGUUUGUACAUAGGGAUAUAGCUGCCAGGAAUGUGCUGGUAUCCUCAGUGGACUGUGUUAAACUGGGAGACUUUGGCUUGUCUCGAUACAUGGAGGACAGCUCCUAUUACAAAGCCUCCAAAGGGAAACUGCCUAUCAAAUGGAUGGCACCAGAAUCUAUUAACUUCAGACGCUUUACCUCAGCCAGUGACGUGUGGAUGUUUGGUGUGUGUAUGUGGGAGAUCCUCAUCUACGGAGUCAAACCCUUCCAGGGGGUGAAGAACAACGAUGUCAUCGGCCGGAUAGAGAACGGAGAGCGUCUGGCCAUGCCCCACAACUGCCCCCCUACCCUGUACAGCCUGAUGACCAAGUGCUGGGCCUACGACCCUAGCAAGAGACCCUGCUUCACAGAGCUCAAAGCCCAGCUCAGGUAUGUCCGUCAGUCGGUCUAUCUGCAUUGCUGUAGUGCAUGGUGCGUCAUCAUACCUUGAAGACUAUCUCCUACA